AAGUGUCUUUUUCAAUUAAUUAUUACUCCGUGCCGUGCAUUUUUACAUAGGGAAAAUUGUUGGAAGAAAAUUCUAUUCGAAUUGUCAAAUGUAUCUGAAAAUAGAUAGAGAGAAACUUAGAAUAUAACUUUAAUUUCUUUCACGGCAAUGAAAUGGACGGAAGGGACGUGAUUGUUUUAAAAUAUAAUGGAUGUAAGUUCACUGGUACCAGCUGGUUUUCAAGGAAACCAAGUGGAUCUGUGCGAGAUCCAGGCUGGUUAUAAUAAAUUUUCGGAGAACUUGCGAAAAUUCACUCCACAAGCCAUACAGUGCGCGAUCUUUUGCGGUGGUUCUAGGUGCAAAUAUGAAAACUCGAAAGCUUGGCCUCCUGUGCACAUGGCAAUACAGAACAUCUUUUCGCAUUGGGUGACAGACGAGGUUCUCGCGAUGGCACGACCGAACACUGCACAGAUAAUAAAAAAAAACAUAAUUGCACAAUUUCAAGGGUGGAGUAUAAAAACUAUAAUAAACUUACAAACUCCGGGCGAGCAUGCAAGCUGUGGUGGCCCUCUCGAAGAAAGUGGUUUUACUUACGAUCCGAAUGUCUUCAUGAAACAUGGCAUUUAUUAUUACAAUUUCGCGUUGAAAGAUUAUGGGGACGCGACCAUGAGCAAACUUCUGGAUAUGGUCAAGGUCGUGGCCUUCGCAGUGCAAGAGGGAAGAGUGGCAAUUCACUGUCACGCUGGGUUGGGCAGAACCGGGGUUCUGAUCGCGUGCUACCUUAUUUACAGUCUUCGUGUGCGAGCGAACGAUGCGAUACGGUUCGUUCGCAUGAAACGGCCAUCCGCGAUCCAGACGCGUGGACAGAUACUAUGCAUCCAAGAUUUCGAGCACUUUGUGCUUCCACAGAUGAUAGUUUUCCCUUUGAACAGCACGAUAGGGGAUCGCAAGCCUUGCAGCCUGCAAUCGUGUCUCAAAAAGCAGCACAACGUUCUGCACGGAUACGAGCAACGCACAUUCAAACAUAUUCCAAAGAUCGUGUUCGUGAUUUGCGAACGGAUUCUUCAACUGUGCGAUUGUCAAGAAGAUAAUUCUCCCUGUGAGAUCAAGUAUACGAUCUCCAGUACGCCUUUCACGCAAAAAUUUAUAUCUCACAUUUUGGAAAAGCUGAGGGACAGUAAAGGGAAUAUUAGACACUCUUAUUCCUGGACCGAGUCUCUAGCUGACUCUUACGAUUAUUCCAGUUCUAUAAAAGCGUGUGCAAGUGGCAGCCAAGCAUCUUCGAGAGGCACCUCGAAUGAUAUUGGUAGAUUGAGUGAUGUGUUCUGCACCUCUCCUGACACUCCAUCUUGCGAUUCGGUGUUCCCAGUAUUAGAUGAUAGUUGUAUGGAUGAUGUUCUUGGUGAUGGAAUUCACGGGCAAGAUCUCGUAGACAAUGAUUGUUACAAGGAAAUUCAGUCUCAUAUGAAUUUAAAAGUUGCUGCUCAAAAUAUAACUCUUCAAACUGUGACCACUGACGAAGCCAUCAGAGUUUUGAUCAGAGAUAAUGCCAUUUUAUCUGAAAAAACGAAGAAACGUAUCCAAGAUUAUCAGAUGGAUCUAAAUCAUAGAUCUACAGCUUGGCAGAGACUUCAGAUGGAAACUGACUUGGAUGUCCUCUCAGGAUUAUUAUUCGAAUGGCUGGAGACAUUAAAACAUCCCUUAUUGGACGUGGACAGUCUGAGUUACAUCGUCGUCUGGAGUUCCAAGCCUGAGAGAUGCUUAGAAAAAUUGCCUAGUUGCAAUAGAUAUUUAUUGGAAUAUAUUCUACGAUUUAUUAUCCGUUUAAGACCGAUGACGGUAGAAAAUCAAAGUUCCAUCACGAAAAGGUUUAUAGCCACGCUAACGCAACAAACGAUCUGGAUCAAGAAUGCCUUUUAUCCUUCCAAUAGAAAUUUCCAAAAGUUACGACGAGGAACAGAGGCUAAAUUGAACGAAUUUUUCAUUAGACUGAUGAAUUUGAUAGAGGAGGUGAAUACACAAGAAAUGGAGAAACCAUCGUGGUCUUCGAAAUGGGAUUUGGUUUCCACUCAAUUGAAAGAAAUGGAAACAGAAGUGGAACACGAAAUAUCUAAUUAGAUUGUUUAAGAUGAUCGUAGAAUAGCAUUAUAAUAUUUAUUUUUACAAUGUUCAAUGAUUAAUUGUACAAAUUAUUCGAAUAAAGAAAAAUAUUU